CUUCCUGGAACGAAAUUUCAAAAUAAGAAUGUUUUCGCACGCUGGUCGUUUGCCAGCAGCGCUAUGAAAUCGACCGCAAACCUAAAACCCGACUUUUAUUUUGAAAUCGGGGUCAUUCAUCCGUGUUUCGUCGAUCCCUCGCGGAGCCACCGACCGCCCGGGACCUGUGGGAGGAUAAUCACGUAUGAACGGUAGGAUCCAGCAGGCAGGUACCAGUCCGCCACGAUGAGGCUCCGUUUGGCCGGAGCCGUGCUGCUGUCGGCGGCCGCCUACUACGUCUACCUGCCGCUACCGAGCGGCGUGAGCGAGCCGUGGAAGCUGAUGCUGCUAGACGCGCUGUUCCGGAGCUUCAUGCGGGCGAGUGACGUGGCUCACGCUCUGGGCGUGUGCCAUCGCGUCCACCUGUUGAACCAGGUGGUGUCCUGGGUGGAGGUGAUCGAGGCUCGCUCCUGCCCCGCCGUGCUCGUGACCGACUCCGCGCUGGGCGGCGUGCCCACCAGGGUCUUCCAGCCAAAGGGCGGGAAGAAGCUGAAGAGAGGGGUCAUAUACUUCCACGGUGGAGGGUGGGCCCUCGGCAGCGGCCGAAUGCGAUCCUAUGACCGUCUUUGCCGGAAGAUGGCGGAGGAUCUGGAUGCUGUCGUGAUGUCUGUAGAUUACCGUCUGGCUCCGGAGGCGGUGUUCCCAGACCAGUACCACGAUGCGCUGGCGGCGUCCCGGGCCUUCCUGUCCGCUCAGGUUUUGGAGCGCUACAGCAUCGAUCCGGGGAGGGUGUGUGUGUCCGGGGACAGCGCCGGGGGGAACCUGGCCGCUGCCGUGGCUCAGGAGCUCAGCUCUGACGACAGUCUGAGCGCGAGGUUCAAGGCCCAGGCGUUGAUCUACCCGGUGCUGCAGGCCCUCGACUUCUACACCCCGUCCUACCAGCAGAACCAGGCCGUGCCCAUCCUCUACCGGCCCGUCAUGGCUCGUUUCUGGCUGCAGUACCUGGGCGCCGACUCCUCCCUGGAGCCGCUCCUGCUCGCCAACAACCACAGCUCCCUGGACCAGCCGGCCAUCGGCGCCGACACCCGCUCCAGACUGGACUGGACCUCUUUGCUCUCAGGUGAGCGCAAGAAACACUUCCGGCCGGUUCUUAAAGAGACGGGAUCGCCGGGGGUUGUGGGCGAGGUGCCGGCGCUGGUGGAUGUGAGGGCGGCGCCACUGCUGGCGGAGCAAGGAGUUCUGGGUAAGACGCCGAAAGCGUACGUGAUGACGUGUGAGUUCGACGUGCUGAGGGACGACGGCCUCAUGUAUGCGAAGCGCCUGCAGGACGCCGGCGUCACGGUGACCAGUGAUCACUACGACGACGGGUUUCACGGCUGCAUGGUGUUCGCGUUCCUGCCGAUGAUGUCCAGCGUCGGACACAGGAGCAUGAACAACUUCAUCCACUGGCUGGACCAGAACCUGUAGACCGUCAGGCUGAUCCAGAUCCGUCUGAACCCGGAUCUGUGGACCAGGAUCUGUAGAGUCUGGUUGUGACGCCAAAGAGGUUCUGGGAGCGGGAGAAUUUUCUGGUUCCUUUGAGCUCCUU